AUAUUCGGGAAGGUUAGUAACUUUCUUGAGAAGCUGGGUAAGCAGACCAUGCCUCGUUUUUACGUACUUUCGACAUAAUCUUCCAAGUAAAGCAUCCUUUCGUGCUGGCGUUUCGUUGCCUGGGUUACGGAUUAAAGAAAGUAGCGGUUUAUUCAUUUGGCCUUCAUUAUCGACAUUCUUCGCAUACCAAUCGGCGUGGAGCGUGGCUUUUUUAUUGUAAAAGAAAGGUGUCGUAAACUUUUCCCGAUAAAAUGAUACGGCGUAGCCCAACAAGAAUUGACUUGCGACUAGAUGAUCUGCAAGAGUAUGAAACGAUGAGGAAAGCUCUUGAAGCCAAGAAAGAGUCUGAAAAGCAACCAACGUUCAAUCCUCCCUCAUGGGGUGGUAAAAUGCCGCAAAGUGAAAUUCAAGAACGCAUCGGUUACAUGCCGCAACAGAAUCAAGCUUCUCAUUUUCUACCCAAUAUAUAGUUUUUUGUAUUUAUAAUAAGAUUAGCGAAAUCUAUCCUAAGACGAAGUGAAUCACUCGGGUUUUAUUUUUAGCAGUUAUUUUAUUAUUACUAAAAUAUACAUGACAGCAUCGUUCGCUCCGUUUGAUGGCUUAAGAAGGUAGAAAUAAUAGUGUAUCGACAAUCAUUUAACAAUUUACUACGCGUGUCGAGCGAUUUAACAAUGAUGUGCAAGAUCAUGAUAUUGCAGCUUAAUAGAUAUGUACGCCUAAUUUAUUAAGUAGAGACAAAUUAUUGCUGUGCGAACGUCUCAUGUGACAUAAUUACAUUUACUAAUAGUAUAAUAUUGUCAACAUUUAUGACGGUAUCACGUACUCGCAAGAGACAAUUGUUAUUGAUUAUAAAAAUGCACCAUGAAUAUUCAAUUCUUAUAACUUAGCACAAACGACGAGACUUACGAAUUAAAUAUAUUGCCAUGUAAAUAAAAAUGAUCUGAAAUGCGA